AUGCGUAACAGUACAAGCCAAAAACUUGGAGAUGAAGAUCCAAAUGAUAUAUUUUUGAAACCUGCCCAGAUACCUGUACAAACAACUGUGCCUCCUCAGCCUAAACUAUCUUCUAACUACUGGCUCAACCGCAUCCAGUCCUUUCUCUACUGCAAUGAAAACGGCCUCCUGGGAAGCUUUUCCGAAGAGACUCACACGUGCACCUGCCCCAAUGACCAGGUUGCCUGCCAUGGGUUCCUGCCCUGCACGGUGGGAGAUGGCUCAUCAUGCCUGAGCUGUGCUCCGGACAACCGCACCCGCUGCGGGAGCUGCAACCCUGGCUACAUGCUGAGCCAAGGGCUUUGCAAGCCCGAAGUGGCUGAGUCGACGGAGCACUACAUCGGGUUCGAGACUGACCUUCAGGACCUGGAAAUGAAGUAUCUGUUGCAGAAGACAGACCGGAGAAUCGAGGUCCAUGCCAUUUUCAUCAGCAAUGACAUGCGCCUCAACAGCUGGUUUGAUCCAUCUUGGCGCAAGCGGAUGCUCCUUACUCUUAAGAGUAACAAAUACAAAUCUAGCCUGGUCCACAUGAUACUGGGCCUCUCUCUUCAAAUUUGCCUAACUAAAAACAGCACCUUAGAGCCCGUCCUCGCUGUUUACGUCAACCCUUUUGGGGGCAGCCACUCUGAGAGCUGGUUUAUGCCUGUGAAUGAAAAUAAUUUCCCAGACUGGGAACGGACUAAGCUGGACCUGCCCCUUCAGUGUUAUAACUGGACGCUGACUCUGGGCAACAAGUGGAAGACAUUUUUUGAAACCGUACACAUCUAUUUGAGGAGUCGAAUAAAGUCAAGCGGUCCAAAUGGCAACGAGAGCAUCUACUAUGAACCCCUGGAAUUUAUUGAUCCCUCAAGAAAUCUGGGCUACAUGAAAAUCAAUAACAUCCAAGUGUUUGGCUACAGCAUGCACUUCGACCCAGAAGCAAUUCGAGACUUGAUUUUGCAGCUGGACUACCCCUACACUCAGGGAUCACAGGACUCAGCACUUUUGCAGUUGUUAGAGAUACGGGAUCGUGUAAAUAAACUCUCUCCACCCGGUCAACGUCGGCUAGACCUCUUCUCUUGCUUGCUCCGUCAUAGACUCAAACUGUCUACCAGUGAAGUGGUGAGGAUUCAGUCUGCUUUGCAGGCCUUUAAUGCCAAAUUGCCAAACACAGUGGAUUAUGACACAACCAAAUUAUGUAGUUAACCAUAAAUGUGAAGCACAACACAAAACCUUGAAGGAGUUUUUACAGUGCUUUUGUGGAACAGUUUAUGUUUGGAAGAGUAAAUUUAAAUUGUCUUUUCAAUAUCUGUCUUAUAUCAGUCAAUACUGUUGGAUGGCAAUUUACACACAUGAACUUGCUGACAAUGAAUAUAUUAUACCUGCAGUUUUGGUUUAUGAAUGAAAUAAAUACUGACACCAGUCUAGAAGACAUUCUACUUUUUACAAUAAAUUUCAUUUGUAAUUUUAUAUGUUACGUGGCAAUGCUUUUGUGCAUUACAUCCUCUAGAGGGAACAUAGAAGGAUACCAAUAAAGUUUUGUAGCUGAACAGUUA